AUGCAGAUGGAGGUGCGUGUGAUCCUGAAGGCAGCCGGCUUCAUGUGCCUGGUAGUGGUGGGUCUCCCUGCCAACCUGUGUGUACUACUUCUCUUCUGUCAGCUGCGUCUCUUACAUGGCCGCUUGCCGCCCAGCAACUUCAUCCUCAGCAAUCUGGCAGCUGCCAACCUGGUAGUCUUACUGUGUCGCAGCCUUCCUCAGACCCUCUUUGCCCUUGGCUCAAGGCGUUUCAUGAAUGACUGGGGCUGCAAGGUGGUCAUCUUUGCCUACCGCAUGGGUCGUGCCAUGUCCAUCUCUGUGACGGCUCUACUGGGCUGCUACCAGAGUGUGAGUGUAGCUCCUGCUACGCUUCACUGGACCAUCAUAAAGAGAUGGCUCCCUACCCGCCUUACCUAUGUCAUCGUGUUCCUCUUUGCACUGAACUUCAUGAUCCACACAGGCUCCAUUCUGUUCACUGAGGCACCACCUGUCAAUGGCUCAAUUCCAGAAUACACCUUGAACCUUGAGUUCUGCAUCGUGGUGUACCCAGGUGCUGAGGUCUAUGUAUCCCAUGGGACAGCGAACACUGUGCGAGACGUUUUCUUCGUAGCCCUGAUGGUGUUGGCAGCAGUCUACAUACUGCUGAUCCUGUACCGACACCAACAGCAGGUUAAAGGAUUGCGGGGGGCCAGCAAAGCGUCAGCAGGAGCUUCCCAGGCCGUUCUGCUGCUGGUGUGCACAUAUGUAGCUCUUUUUGGCCUGGAGAAUGUGCUGUGGGGAUACACACUCUCCGUCUCUCGGGUCCAGCCCGCCAUCUCCGAUGCACGUGUUUUCUUUGCCUCCUGCUACUCCGCUCUCAGCCCUGUUCUCAUCAUUGCCUCUAACCGCAGGCUGGCAGGAAACUUAUUGUGCUUUAAAUGUGAAAAGAAGGCAAAUGAAGACACUUCAGUUCCAGGACAGUCUAACAAUUCUCAUGUAUCAUCAUAG